AUGACUGAUCAGUCUACAUUGAAGCCACAUGUGCCGACGUACGGACCAUGUACAAUACGAGAUUUAAAACCAGGUGAAGUUAAACUAUGGUGUACAUGUGGAUUGAGUAAAAAUCAACCAUGGUGUGAUGGUUCGCAUAAAGGUACUUCUUUUCGUCCGCUUAAAUGGACUGUCCCGGAACACGCUCAAACGGUAUAUUUACUAUGUGCAUGUAAAUAUACAAAAACUUCGCCGAUUUGCGAUGCGACUCAUGUUGGCCUAAUAGGUACAAUACAAAAACAAAUCGAAAAUUGUUCAUUAAAACAAGGACAUUCAAAUAUUGGCGAUAAAAAACUUUGUCAACAAUGUGGAUUUGUACCAGAUUGGUAA